UCUUUAUAUAUAGCCUAUCACUUUAUCCUGAGGAACUUUCAUAGAAUUUUCCGUCUUUUCUUUGUUCUUCCUCAUCUUCUCCUACGCUACUUUUACUGUUUGUUUGAGUGUUCACAUUGUGGAAUAUAUCUCAUUGAGAGAGAGAGAGAAAAAAAAUUGUGGAAUCUCUUUCCGUAGUUGGGUUUAGAGUUAUACACACUGCAGGAUAAUGGACAUUUGGGAAGACGAUAAUUCUGAUGAAAUGGAUAUUGACAAUGACCUCAUGGAUGAUUGUGAGGAAGAUUCUUUUUCUGAAAGUGAACAAGAGAGUAAUGUCAAACGGUUGCAAAAGUUGAACAUUGGCGAUGAUUCUCAUGUGGAAUAUGCACCCCAAAGAAACACUACUGCAUAUGGCUCUUCCAGAUGCCCUGAACAUAUAAAGUCUAAGGAGAAAAUGGGAAUUGGAGAUUUGGUGAAGGACCAUGCCCUUCCUUUCCUCCCAGCAAAAUCAAUUUGUAGGUUUAGAUCUGUUAGCAAAGAGUGGAAUAAGUGGAUAACUAAUCCAUUCUUAGCCCACAAGCAAAGUCAUUGCUUCCAAGACAUCUCUGGAUUCUUCUGUCAAAUCGCUGGUGAACACUCCUUCAUCUCAUGCGAUCCACAUUCAUGUGGCGUUCCAGAUCCUUCCUUCAGUUUCUUGCCUGAACCUGUUAUCCUCAGAACCACUUGUAAUGGCUUGAUUUGCUGUCAAAGUUGCAUUGAAGACAAUGCCUACUACAUUUGCAACCCUGUCAAUAGGCAGUGGAAGGUUCUUCCAAGACCAAAUUAUUAUCAUAGACCUGGAUCAGCAGUGGCUCUUGCGUUUGAACCUUCUGCAUUGAAAUUUGAAGCAAAUUAUCAGCUUGUUUGUGCCUUUCGUUUGGCUGAUCAUCCAAUCCUCUAUUUUGAAAUUUACUCAUCAAGGUCAAAAUCUUGGAGACUUGUUGACACUAUAUGUUUUGAGUUGGACGCUUUGAAACUGAGUGGCGAUGGGUUUUACAUGAGGGGAAUGGUCUAUUGGGAAACUUUAGCUGGUUCGGUACUGGCUUUUGAUCUAACAUAUGAGCAAUGUUGGAUUUUGCCACUCCCUCCAGAAUGCGGACCAGAAGGUGUUUUGACAAAGAGGCAUGGGGAGUUGUGUUACAUUCUGCCGCAUAAAAAAGAUAAUGAAUAUGCAAUUCGCAUCUAUGGGGAUUUUAAAAUGGUACUGAAGCAUAGUUUUCCUCUUGAGCUAGACCAUUUUGGCUAUAUGUCUGGAGGGUUGCGAGCUUUGUCUUGUCUGAAUGAUGAUGUCCUGGCAAUUCUUUUCGGAAAUAGGAUUAUCACUUAUCAUGUGAAAGCACAGAAAGUGAAAAUAUUGGGCACAGUGAGGCCCGAUGGAUUUGUGACAUGUCACCCAUAUGUAAACAGCCUUGUUCCCGUGGACCAUCCAUUGGUUAGCAGACAACAAGCUAACAGUCAUCCAUGUACAAGCUCAUCACUAUGGCAUUCCAUUGGUUAAGCGUAUGGAUAUCUACAUGCCUGUUAUGCACCAUAAGUCCUUCCCUUUCCCUUUUUCUCAAUCCGGCUUGUUGGUUUUAGGAUGGUUGAUUGGAACUUUUACUGCUUGGCUAUGGUUAAGCCUAUAAAUGGCUACAUGCCUGUUCUGCAUUAUAAGUCCUCGCCCUAUUUCUCCCUUUUAUCAACCCGGUUUGUUUGUUUUAGGACAUUUGCUUGGAACUUUUACUCUUUUGUGAAAGUUCCAAUUCGAAACUUAUGUUUGAUUUAGUUAGUUUUAUUAGGCUAUUGACAAUUUGGCACUACUUGUGUUCAAACUAUAUGAUGGUAUGAUAGGAAUAACUUCUUUA